AUGGCAAUGAAAAGACCUGGUAUUGAUGAGUUUAUUACGCGCGACCAAAGAACACGCAAGAGACAUAAUUAUAUUGAGGAUCCAUCGCCAGAUAAUAUUAUAUACGAAAAUAUCGAUGAUAUAGGUCCAUCAUAUGAUAAAGCUUUCAUGCCCGAUGAAAAAACUGAAGAAUUGCCUUCAUUUAUCGUAGACUACGCCAAUUUAAUAAGAAACGAUAUAAUUUUAUUGGAUAAAUCAGUUGAGACCAGAACUCGAAAGAGAGGAAAUAUAAAAGUAGAAAAACAUGAUAAUGAUACCAAGGAUUUGGGAGAAAACACUUAUCCUCGAUAUGUGGAAUAUAGAAAGUGUAGUGAUCACAUGUGUCGCGAUGAUUAUAUUUGUGUUCCAAAAGAAUAUCAUAUAACUGUUCUAAAAAGGCGAACCUCUACAGAACAAAUUUCUAGAAUAGAUCUUCCAAGUGAACUUAGGCACCAAUGGAUCGCUGAAAAAAGGCCCGUGGUUAUUGGAUGUAUGUGCACAAGGGAUUACAUUAUAGAAAAGUAA